GCUGCGGGGCCAAGAGCACUCUCAAGAGAGAGCCACACACCCACCUCCAGCAGCCGAAUCGCCACAACCCAGCAGGCCAGCAAUUGCAGCAGCAGCAGCAGGACAAACCGCCAAUCACAAAGCACCUUGGAGAACUUCAGGAUGCAGAUGUCUCCAGCUUUUGCCUGCUUAGCCCUGGGCCUGGCCCUGGUCUUUGGUGAAAGGUCCACCUUGCACCCUCAAGAGUCCCAGAUGGCCCAACUGGCCACAGACUUCGGAGUGAAGGUGUUUCAGCAGGUGGCACAGGCCUCCAAGGACCGCAAUGUGGUUUUCUCUCCCUAUGGGGUGGCCUCGGUGCUGGCCAUGCUGCAGCUUACAACAGGAGGAGGAACCCGGCAGCAGAUCCAAGCGGCCAUGGGAUUUAAGAUUGAUGAGAAGGGCAUGGCCCCCGCCCUCCGUCACCUGUACAAGGAGCUCGUGGGACCAUGCAACAAGGAUGAGAUCAGCACCACCGAUGCCAUCUUUGUCCAGCGGGAUCUGAAGCUGGUCCAAGGCUUCAUGCCCCACUUCUUCAGCCUGUUCCGAAGCACUGUCAAGCAAGUGGACUUUUCAGAGGUGGAAAGAGCCAGAUUCAUCAUCAACGACUGGGUGAAGAGACACACAAAAGGUAUGAUCAGUGACUUACUUGGGGAAGGGGCCGUGGACCAGCUGACGCGCCUGGUGCUGGUGAAUGCCUUCUACUUCAAUGGCCAGUGGAAGAUGCCCUUCCCAGACUCAGGAACCCACCGCCGCCUCUUCCACAAGUGCGAUGGCAGCACCGUCUCUGUGCCCAUGAUGAGUCAGACCAACAAGUUCAACUACGCUGAGUUUACCACCCCUGAUGGCCAUUACUACGACAUCCUGGAACUGCCCUACCACGGGGACACCCUCAGCAUGUUCAUCGCUGCCCCCUAUGAGAAAGAGGUGCCACUCUCUGCCCUCACCAGUGUCCUGGGUGCCCAGCUCAUCAGCCAGUGGAAAGGCAAUAUGACCAGACUGCCCCGCCUCCUGGUUCUGCCCAAGUUCUCCCUGGAGAGUGAAGUUGACCUCAGGAGGCCCCUGGAGAACUUGGGGAUGACCGACAUGUUUAGGCCAGACCAGGCAGACUUCUCGAGUCUUUCAGACCAAGAGCUUCUCUAUGUGUCAAAGGCGCUGCAAAAAGUAAAGAUUGAGGUGAACGAGAGCGGCACGGUGGCAUCCUCCUCCACAGCCAUCCUAGUCUCAGCCCGAAUGGCCCCUGAGGAGAUCAUCAUGGAUAGACCCUUCCUCUUUGUGGUUCGGCACAACCCCACAGGAACAGUCCUUUUCAUGGGCCAAGUGAUGGAACCCUGACCAUGGGCAGAGAAGCCCUCUUGUGGGACAAAACUGGAGAUGCAUUAAAAAGAAGAAGCUCUGAUGAAGUGCACUUUUGCUUUAAUGACUCUUUCUGGAGAAAGAGAAAACAUUUGCCUUUUUCUGAAAAAUGGUAAAUUUUUCAAAUCUGCCUCCUAGACCUCAGCCUCUCUCAAGAGUGGGAGAGAGGACCUUGGCUCCAGACUCCCUCCCUAGUCAGAGCCCUUGGGAGAGAACUCUGAUGCACAACUCCCAGGAGGUCUCCAACCCAGACUGUAAAACUUGCAGGAUCAUUUGCACAGCUGCUUCAGCCCAUGUCUCUGCCCAUUCAGAUCUUCAGACCUGGUUGCCACUGAUGCCCUAGCAGCAUGGAA